UCUAACAAGUGAAUUUGACAAGAGCAUCUUUUGCAUAUUUAUAAAUAGACAUAGUGAAAAAAACGUGAUCGCGGUCACAAUACUCGCGAAUACGUUUCUAAGUUCGUUUUCACUUGCAAAUAUUUCGGUCAUCGUGUGUGCAUGAAAAAUUAUCUGGCAACGCUGUCGAUGGACGGCAACGACAACGGUAUCCUCCCCCACAACGAGGAAAGCAACAAAAUCAAAUCUGAAGACUAUAUAGAGGUGCCUAAUAUCCUUGAAUUAAGUAGACCUGAAAAAUGGACAUAUACAAUGAGAAGGCAUAUGCAGGAGGUGGUACCUGGUGUAUUUCUUGGCCCAUAUAGUGCUGCUAGUCGUUCAAAUUUACAAACUUUAUUAGACCAUGGAAUAACACAUAUAAUUUGCAUCAGACAAGCUAUUGAGGCAAAUUUUAUAAGGCCUAACUUUCCCCAUAGGUUCAAAUAUCUAGUCUUGGACAUUGCCGAUACGAUGACGGAAAAUAUUAUUCAACAUUUUAAGAAGGUAAAAGUGUUCAUUGACGAAAGUUUGAGUUUAAAUGGACGAGUUUUAGUUCACGGAAAUGCUGGCAUAUCGAGAUCCGCCGCGUUGGUUUUAGCAUACAUUAUGGAAACAUAUGAGCUUUCACAAGAGCAAGCAUACAUGCUAGUGCAGCAGCGAAGAUCUUGUAUAAGCCCAAAUGAGGGCUUUAUAAUACAACUAAGAGAGUACGAACCUAUCUAUAAAGCUGAAAAGAUGUUGAAAAAUAGUCAACAAAAUUUGGAAAGUCAAUGUAGCAAACGAACGAUUCAUCAAAUUGAUCUGGAUAAUCAACAAGACAAGAUUGAAGAUAUGACUAAUAGUUGAUAAUAAUUUAGAACUGAGAUUAAAAAAAAAAAAAAAAAAAAGGAAUAGGAGAACAAA